UUGUAGUUUUGUUUGUGUUUUUCGUUGCUAUGAGUACUGAGAUUUUCUGUAGAAUUGUUAAUAAAUAUAACAGCCUCCAGGCUCGAAGAUAUUCAGUUGCAAUUUAAAUAAUUAGGAAUAUAAUUAUAAACGUCAUAAUGUUAUUUCUUAAUGUUUGGUCAUUGUUGCACUGGUACCUAAGGCCACUUAUAAAAUGGUUUUUAAGAAAAACAACUAGAUUAUGUGAAUUACAAAGGAUUUGCUAUGGUGAUAAGGCUGGAGCUCAAAGAACUUGUGCUGUGGAAAAUUCGUUAAUGCUCUCGCGAACAAGAGAUAUAAAAGAAGUUGUUGCAUUCCUAGAUGCUGUUGUCCUGGAAAGAAGGUUUAUACCGGCAAAUUUUGAUGAUAUUUUAAAACCUUCCAUUUCUAUAAUAUUUAGAAUAAAAAAGAUUAAUACCAAGCUGCAUCCUUCUUUUGCACCAACAUUAAAGCGGUGUUUACAGCAAAUAUGGAGUUAUAGACAAUUGGUGAAUGAAGUAGAAGAACUCCGGCGUGUGCAGUAUGAUAGUGAUAAUUCUGAUCAUGAAUUGAAAUUGCUUAAAUUAUGGUCAUUGUUACAACCAAAUGAGCUCCUAGAAGGAAGGGUAACUAAGCAGUGGCAGACUAUUGGUUUUCAGGGUGAUGACCCAAAAACUGAUUUUCGUGGAAUGGGAUUACUUGGUCUAGAAAAUCUUCUGUAUUUUGUUACUGAAUACCCGCAAGCUUCAACCCAUGUGCUCAGUCACUCACAUCAUCCUAAGUAUGGUUAUACAUUUGCUAUUGUUGGUAUUAACUUGACUUCAAUGGCAUAUUACCUCCUAAAAGAUGGAUCAGCAAAGACAUACAUGUUUAAUUCAAAAAUUUCAUUACCAAAUAUUAAUUUGUUUCAUAGAUUUUACUGUUAUCUCUUCUAUGAAUUUGAUAAGAUGUGGAUUGAAUCAAAGCCCGAGAAUAUCAUGGAAUUUUCCAUAAUAUUUAAAAAAUUUGAUAUUGCAAUUAGAUCACAAUUAUCAGAUCCCUCUACAGUGUUUAGAAUAAACAUUGAGAUUGACAAUAUAUAGAAAUUAAUACUAGUCAAAUUUAUUUAGUUCAAUUUCAUAAUAAUUUGUGCUUUUGCAUUCAUAAGUUUUUAUUUAUAUUUGACAAGUAUUUAUUUAUUUAUGAUAAACACUAGAAGCACCAUAGUUUGUAAUCCUCUUUUGCCACCAUGACAAUUUUAUCCCAUUACAAAAAUUGCAAUUUCCUUUAUAUUAUAAAGAAUGAAAAUUAUGAUUUUAAGACUGAUAUUCAGGUUUUAUAACUAAAUCAUCAGAAUCAUGUAAGUACCGAGUCCUGACUAUAGAAUCAAUAAUGAUAUGUCUUUAAAUAUUUGAAGAGACAAUAUUGCAUAAAUAAUAUUAUUUACUAGUGCAGUUAUUGCAGACCCUGUUACUUUACUGUUGGAACUUCACAAAUGAUUUUUUAUGUGAAUUUGUGCUUGUAACAUGUCUGUUUUUCUUGUAUCUGACAUGUUUUUUGGAAAUCAUUAUAUGUAUGAUUGUUCUGCUUUUAUUUGUACACAAUUCUACAAAUUAUAACUUCUCCAAGUUGCAAAGUAUCUGCAUUUAAUUUUCAGUUGUUAAUAAUUUUACACAACACCCAUGUGUAGUAUGUACUCUAGUCAAAAAAUUCUAAAAUCUAUAUAUAUAAAAAUGAAUUGCUGUUCUUUAGUCUGGCUAAAACUCCAGAACGGCUGGACCGAUUUGGCAAAUUUAGGUCUUGAAUUAAUUGUGGAAGUCCAGAGAAGGUUUAAAAGGUGAAUAAAUAGGAAAAUGCUGCUAAAUAAAAUAAAAUAACAAGUUUGUUUUUCCUUUGAUGUGUCCAUACAUAAUUUCUAUGAGAGAAUUUAUUAAUGCAAGGUUUGACAGUUCUGCUGUGAAACAAUUUCAUUACGACAGCAGGGUGCAUAUUUUACGAAGUAAUUCUUGAUGUUAUGAUAUAUUAUCGACAAAUUCAUAUAAAAAUCAUUAUAUUAUUUAUUAUAUACAAAACAACAUCUGUUGGGUCAGCUAGUAAUAUUAUAAAAAGUAUGAAAAUGCCUACUGUAUUUUAUUAUGUACUGGCAAGUCAUUGAAUCAGGAGCAGUUUAAAGAAAGUCACAUUACUAUAAUAUUGUAAUAAAAUUGUAUUUUUUUUAAUGUAUAUAUAUGUGUUAUUGAGAGUUUCAAUGACGACCUUGGGAGAGAAAUUAGAGGUUAUCAAACUUGUGGGUGGUAUGCUUCUAGUGGUAAUUUAUUUUAUAUUUUAUGACAAAUUUUAGGUAAUAUUAUAAUAAUGCUUACAAUUAUGUAAUUCAUAUUUUUUACAUUUAAUUGACAUGACAUUAACAGGAUGAGUUUUUAAUUAUUUAAAAACACUUAUGUUAAAUAUAAUCUAUUAUAUAUUAUCCAAUGUGUUAAUAUAUACUUACCUAUUUUUUAAACAUCACUGUAAUAAAUUUUAUUGAAUUGGGUAACCCCCAGUUUGCAGAAAUAAUUAUUUUUCCACCUUUCUAACAUUGUAAAUCAAUGUAAUACAGUGAUGUAAGUAUAUUGAAAUAAAUGAUAUGAAAUCAUUAGAUAAAUUGGACAUAGUUCCUGAAAAACAUUCUAAGCCACUAGUUUAUUCAAUACAUGUGGGUUGGGCUACUAAGUCAUGAUGUCAUUUAAAGAGUGAGACACUAGGGCUGCCAUUUUUUGUCAGUCCGUUAAUAUGAAUCACCUGACCAGUUUUGUGUUCUUAACUCAAUUUUGACAUGAUUGUGGCUUGGAACGUUUUUCUGGAAUUACAUCCAAUUUUGAGGAUGGUUAUAUUGUGAAUGUUUAGAAUAACAAUUACUUUAGUCAAUGAAAUGGUAGGUUGGUAGUGAGAAUGCACUUGACUUGUAUGAUUUACUGGGCGGGACUAUAAAGUGACUUUGUAAAUUAUUCAUUAAUUCAAUUAUGCAAUAUACUGUGUAUAUUAUUUAAUUUGAUGGGGACCAUAGAAACAAUGAUGAAAAUAUUAAAAAGGUACUUUUAGCAGUGAUGUAGCCGUGUUAAAGAUGUCGCCUGACAGGUGAUUUAUACACCACCAGCUAUUAUGUAGUGAUUUAAUCGCACGUGAAACUAUGCUUAACUCUGGUGUAUUUAAUUAUAUCUUACUACGAAAACUCUAACUCAAAGAAUAAGAAUUUCUUAGAUAUAUAAAGAAUUUUCAAAAUAGUUUUUUAACCGACUUAAAAAAGGAGAAGGUUCUCAAUUCGUGAAAAACACAGCGAUUUACGUGAUUCUUCUUUGGUUUGAUGCUGAAUAGUUGCCAAAUGGUCUCAUAAAUUUUUUGGAUAGUUUACCCAAAUAGUUUUUUUUUAUGAACAUUUUUGUUUACGUGGACGAUGUAAUUUUAGUUUGUGUACGGCUUUUAUGAGUUUUCAAUUGCGUUGACUAUAUAUAAUUACUAGCUGUCCCAGCAAACGUUGUAUUGCCAUAUAAAGCAAUAAAAUAAUUCAAUAAUUAAAAUUUUUAGGGUAUAAAAAUAGAUGACGACCGAUUCUCGGACCUAUCAAAUAUUUCGUACUACAAUAAUUAUUAUAUUCGACUUUUAUCUUGCAUUGCACCCUAUUCCGGAUCUGUGGAUGGAACAGAUUAAUAUAAAAAUCGCGAUACAAAAAUAAGUGUUAAUCGUAGACGGGUGAAAAUUUGAAGUUAUACGUAUUUUUAAUGCUGCAUAAUAAAAUAAAAAUAAAAAAAUUGGCAAAAUUAAAAAAUAAUAUAUUUAGGGGCAUGAAAAAUAAAUGUUGGCCGAUUCGAAAUCCUACCCGAUAUGCACACAAAAUUUCAUAUUAUCGGUUCAGACGUUUCGAAGGGGUUUGGUAUCAAACACCGGGACACGAGAAAUUUAUAUAUUAGAUGAACCCGAGUCCCGAUAAGUGGGUCAUUUAUAGCAAACAAAUAUUACGAUACUUCACGAUAUUUCACUGUUUCACAAGAACGUCAAAUAGUUUCGAACAGCAUUUUUUCGGAGUCGAUUUCUUUAUAUUGUUUAAGGCGCGGGGCCUUUAGUAACCCACCCAUAGCUACUUAAAAAAAUGACUAUUUAAUAUAUUAUGACUUCAAAAUCUGAAAGUAUAAAAUAACUUAAUAAAGAUUUAAUUAAAUUCACAUCUUAUGCAAACCUGUAAUUAUAAAAUAAUACUAUUUGUAUGUUCUACCUAUUGGUAGUUUGAAUUGUUUUAAAUAAAAAUUUAACACAAAAACAACCGACUUCAAAAACACUAUUCCAAAACAAUAGAUAUAAUAUGCACUAAAAAGUAUAAAAGUAAUUGCGUAUUUUUAUACAAUCUAAUUAAUUAAUCUGAUCCUAGUUACGAUUAGGGUGAGGUGGGGCACAGUGUUACAAAAAAAAAACAAACUAUAAUGUAGCGACGAAAAUAUUUAAUUAAUCAAUGUCCAACUGGGAUGUGUAUAAACUAUACUAGUCUCUCUUCACUUAAAAUUAUUUAAACAUCACUUUUAUUGGGAACAUCUUAAUUUACAUUGCACUUUAAUCAGAUCAGUCGAUUGUAACACUGAACCCCGUAUCUCGGGUACUUUGUUACAGCGUAAGGGGCACAAUGUUACAACAUCAAAAUAAUAUAAAAUUAAAAAUAAGAGAAGAUAUCUAACAAAUAUUAAAUUUCUUUAUAAUAUUCUCUGGGAACGUAUAGAAAUCUGCCUGUCAUUUGGUUUUUUUUUGCUGCAAUGUUUACAAGCGGAAGAACAAUUUUAAUGUCUUCCAACGUUACCAUUGCCAUAUCUGGUUCAAGAGGAAAGUAGAAAUGAUUGUCAACUUUAUCACUUCUACGUAAAUAGCUAACUCCAUAUUCAUUAUUUUCAUUAUUUGUCAGUAAUUUUCCAACAUAGUGCUUGAUUAGCUGUUUUCCAACAAAUUUAACUACACCAAAUCGUCCUUUUUCGGUGUCGCGAAAUAAUUUAAUGGAAUUUCAUCAUCAGUUGUUAAAUCGUCAGACGAGGAUAUUUUCUAAAUCACUCUCAUCAGCAAAUAUAACUCCUUUGACAGUUUCAGUUCUCUUGUAAGAUAUUUCUUUUUUUUCUGUUGUAUUACUUUUGUUUACUUUUCCGAACUUUUUGUUUUCUCUUUUCAAGGCUUCUUCUUCAAUUUCAUUCUUAACUGGUGUUUCAGUUGGAACGCUGCUUUUUCCUCUCUUUCUACCACGGUUUGAUUGGUGUCUCGGUUGUGCUUUUGGAUAAGCUCGACCCUAUAAAAGAAACUAGAGUUUUAUCUGUAGAAGAUUGAAAUGCCGGUAAUGUACAGUUCUCUGCUACAAAUAGUGCAUUUUCAGGUUGGAUAUCCAUUUGAAAACAUUCUUUUGUUAGCAAACUUGGGCUUAAGGAUUCAGAACGCCUCUUAGACUCUUGUACAUCGAGAGAAGCUGGUAUCUGUACUGUCGAAGAUGCAUGUAGUUCUGCGUCGGUAACAGUAGCCUGUUGUGUUCCUGAGGAAUAUCGUGAUACGUUAGCAUUAGCACAUAGAUUUAUUUGAGAUUCCUGAUUAUAGCCAAAGCGUUGACUUGAACUGGGGGCAUUAGAAGUCGAAGCUUGUUGAACUUCAAAGAGCUGGCUUGGCCCGAGGGCAUUAGAAGGGUCUCCUAGUGGCCGAUUCGUCACUUCACUUGGCAUAUAAUCAUCAUCAGUGAAAAUAUGUCUGUCAUAUGGAAAAAUAUCAGUUUUUCGAAAUCCUGAUUUAAUAUUUUUAGGUGUCAUGGCUCGAUCAAAAGCUUGUCCGAGCAAUUCAGCAACAUGGUAGAUACAAAUUGUCUUACCAGGGUGACGCAUUAGCCACGAAUCAACAGCUGCAUUGUAGUAAGCCUGGAGUGGACCAAAUACAGACACAUCAUGUGGCUGUAGCUUAUGACUAAAAUGUGGUGAUAUGGUUAAUAAGUUAACUCCAUUAUCUUUUGCUAUAUUCAGUACCGCGGGAGCCAGAUGACUGUCAUGAUUGUCAACAAUGAGUAACGUCGGAUUUUCUUUCGAAGAGGCUGUUCGAUCUUUAUGAAAUGUUUCAUGACUUCAGCAAACAAUUCACUGUUUAUCCACCCGGUGGGCUGAGCUAGCACUAGAGUUCCUAACGGUGCACCGUUAGUCAUAUAAGGUUUGAAUUGUUUUCUCGGAAAUAUCAUAACUGGAGGUAUUCCUGACCCCAUUGCCGAUCGUGCACAACACGUUGUAAUUAGUGUUCCUCACUCAGCGCUCGUUACUUUAUUUAGCUGUUUUGACCCCUUGGCGGCGAUAUUUUUUUUUGGUUUUUGAACAGUAGUUCUCCCACUUUCAUCCAAGCAGUAAACUCUGCUACCGUCUGAAAAGCUAGGGCAUAGCCGCAUGGCAUUCUCCAAAUUUGUGAAGAAUAUAUUGAAUUUGUUCCCAGCUUGAUUUCAGAACGUUUAUUAGCUGUCUUUCAUUGUGCACGGGUUGGUUUGUGCUUCGAACACUGCGUUUCAGUAAGUCCCACAUGUGUUCAAUGGGAUUUGGAUCCGGACUGUUUGCAGGCCAGUCCAACACCUGUAUACCAGCCUCCUCUAGGGCUUCUCUGGUGGCCCUAGCUGUAUGAGCGCGAGCAUUAUCGUGCAUCAGGUGGAAUCUUGCGCCGAUUCUGUGUGCGUGUGAGACCACAUGGGGUCUUAUGACCUCCUGGAUGUAACGUUGAGCUGUUAUUGUGUCUUCGUUUAGAAUUACCAGCUCGGUUCUGCCGGACAUAGAGAUUCCUCCCCAUACCAUAACAUUGGGGCCCCCAAAUCUGUCACUUUCAUGGAUGCAAGCAUCCGAAAAUUGCUCACCUUCACGCCUCCAGACCCUAAUGCGACGGUCAUCACUAAAAAAUUUCACUUUGCACUCAUCCGUAAACAAUACUGUCCUCCAAUCAUUCAUAUCCCACGCCAGAUGCUGCCUUGCGAAUGAUAAUCGGUUUGCACGAUGAGCACUUGUUAAUGGUAUCCGCACUACACGUCUCCUGGAGAACUGCUGGUCCUCGUGUAAACGGUUUCUAAUAGUUUGAUCACUAACACGUGUACCGGUCGCCUGCUGCAAACGGUUUUGUAAGGAACGGGCUGUUAUACAGCGUUCUCUACGCGCACGUAGCGGUCCUCGUGUGCUGUAGUUGCUCGAACUCUGCCAGAUCCCCGUCUCCUGGUUAGGUUAGGUUAGUCUCUUGAAAACGAUUCCAAGCAUUCUGGAUCGCUCGCCGGGAAAAACCCAGCUGCAACGCCACAGAACGCUGCGAAUGGCCUUCUUGAAGCAAUGUUACGGCCCUAGUUACGGUUGGCAAGUCCAUAUGACUUCGAAUUCUCGGCAUAACUUAUUUUAAAAUGUUAAUUCAGCGACUAGUCAAACAAAACUGACAGUGUUCCUGAGAGAAUCGUCAAUUUGACUGAGUUGAAAUCCGUCUUAAAAUCGGGUAGAAUCAAGUGGUUACAAUAAAUUAUCUAAAACUACCCACUUUAAACAAUUAUGCGGGUGGAAUGCUCAAAAAAUGUGUGUAAGCAAAUAAGGUAACACCACAAUAAAUAAUCAGCUACUUGAGAAUGCAUAAAAAAUAAAUUAUCGCUAGCGAGGCCAAAAAUCAAGUGGCCCUUAUUUUGUUGUGACUUGUAUAUCUUUGCAAUAUCAUAAAAUUUUUACGUUAUUUUGAUUUGCUGCUUUUCGAAGACUAAUCCCACUUUCUGCCAUCCUAAUUGCAUCUCUCAUAUUUUUUUCCGUAGGAGACCAUGAUCCGUCUUCCUCUUAUGAACUCUUAUCAUUUUCUUUUCAACCCUAGGUACAAAACAAAAAAAAUAUUAAUUGGGGUUCAUUGUUACAAUGUAACACAGUGCCCCAAGUGACACAAAUCGAAAAAAAUAUGAAAUGAUUCUUUGUAGGUAUGCUUACAAAAAUCUACUUAACGAUAAUUUGAACAUACAGGGAAUAGGGGAAAAUCACAAUCACUUAUCUUUAUACAAUACACCAAGAAACAAAUUAAUAACUUUGCUUUGUCUUUUUUAAGUUUGAUCACCUAAAUUCGAUUUUUGUUUGUUAACUCCAAAACGCGAUACAGACUGAAGCGAUUAUAACUGUUCAAAGAUGGCCGCUUGUGAGGUUGUCAAAACUGUGUAUCAACAUAAUAAAAAUAAUCGUAAGAAACAUAAAGACUUGCAUUGUAAUAGUGUACCUUACCCUAUUGUUAUUUUUGGAAUAGGUCCUUUCGCCGCGACCCGCUCUCGCCUCCUCACGACUCAAGAUAUACUACAUUUUUCAAUGCAGCACGUAUGAACGUAAGCGAUUACAAUUUGAUUACAGACAGUUGGAAAUUCUGCCACAGAUCGCACCCUUACUGUAGGUAUGUCGUUAUGGAGUUCCAUAGAUCAUCAUAUUCGACUACGACAAUUACUUGACCAUAACUAUGUUAUGUUAGACUUAAAUAUCCGGAUAGCAUAAAAAAGAUUCGGCCGAGUAUCGUUAAUUUGCUCCUAAAAAUUGAAGAGCUCCGUUACUUUGUCAUGGAUUCCAUAAUCAGAACCUAACCAAACUAUCUUUUAAGUAUAUCCUAUCUAUAUCUUAGAAUCAUCGAAAGCGGCUAGCGCGAUAUUGAGUAAUUCCUAAAUUUAUCAUCCACUUUGCUAUACGUAUGUAUAUCAAAUUUAAUACUUUUAUGGUUUUCUCAUGGAUUAUCAUUAUCAGAUCUGGACCAAAUUGCAAUGGGACUACACGGAAAGCAGUAGCUUUCAAAUAAAAAAAAGAAUUAUCAAAAUCGAUUCACCCAGUCGAAAUUUUUGAGGUAACAAACAUAAAAUAAAAUACCGAUGAAUUGAGAACCUCCUUCUAUUUUGAAGUCGGUUAAAAAUACCUCGGUCUACCAUACGCGUAGUUUGGGCAAAAAAUUUACAUUUUACUAUAAUCCAAAUACCUACCAACUUCAAAAUGAGUUAUAUUUGUACAAGAAUGGCUUCAUUAUCAUUGAUAGAGGAGAAUUUAAACGCAAGUUUUUUAUUUAACCACUAAAAGACUACAACUAAUUGUCAAAAAUAUACCUUAUCAAAAUGUGAAUAAAGGCGCUUUUGCACUUAGACCCCUCAUUUAUAACAUUUCUAUUAUAUUCUUAUUUAGAUUUUUCUAUAUCGGGACAAAACAAUGUUGAUAGUUGUGAUCUUAAUGGCCCAGUGAAUAUUUAGUUCAAUGACGAAAUAUUUUACAAUACCUAUUGCUGUUCAGAUUUUCUCAGUGUUUAGAAAUGUUAAUGUUUUUCAUAUUCGUUAACUUGCAUAAGUACUUAAAGAUGGUUUACAUAAACGAGCAUAAUAUAUUUAUUAUAUAGACCUCGCUAUAUUAUUGUUAAAAUGUAAAAUUUAUAAAAAGUGUCAUUUAAUGAAGUUUCUUUUUCUUACGUGUAAGUAUCUCAGCUAAAAAUGGGGCUCUUUUGCAGGCCCUUAAUAAGCAUAUUUUUAUUUUUGUAGCGACAUUUUUCAUAGUAAUACAAAUACAGUGUUAACUAUUAUGUUGUUCUUCAUAACAAUAAACUCACUCAAAUAUAGAAAUGCUUAGAUAAUUAAUACGUCUAGAUAGUCUCUUGCUAUUAGACACACGAUCAAAACAGGCCAGGAAUAUUAGUUUAGUUUGCGUGUCAAGCUACGUGUUACACUCGCAAUUUGAAUGACAAUUUGUGUUAGUGUGCGUGAAUUGCUCAAAAUAAACAUAUCUGCAUAAAUACGUCCAUAAAGCGGAAACAAACAUCUAUAUUCAACACAAAAGUUAAGCACCUACCGGGAUUCAAACCCGGGACCUCAUUUUGCAUGACAACGCCUUGGGGUCAAGACCUGUCAUUGCGAAUUUCUCACCCUUAUUAGUUAUUUAUGCAACUGUUGUGUAAUAAGGGGUAUUAAAACACGAAUGUGGAUUUAUCUCACGAGGCGAAGCCGAGCGUGAUAAUAGUAUCACAUGAGUGUUUUAAUACCUAAUUAUCAACAGUUGCAUACAAGACUUUAUCUACACCCAAAAUAUGAAUCUUCUUAAAGAUUCUGAAACAGUUAGCUUACUGCUAACAAUAAAACACCAGUCCUAGUAGUAACCUAAUAUCAUUAAUUACUGAUUAUAUACAAAUAAACUAAGUAUUAAUGAAACAAUUAUUUAUUUUACUAUCUAGUCAUUUACAUUUUUUAUAGUGCAAUACUUAAAAUUCACUAGGAUAUUAUGUUCUUUUGGAAAUAAAUUGCUCAUUUUUUGUAAACAAAACAAUAAAAAUAUCGAAGAAAAAUGGCGGGGAUUCGAAUAACCUACUUUUUUUACGGCGCGCGACGUUCUGGUGGUGAGGAACGCGCGUAAACCAAAGUGUUCUUUUUUUGAAAUUCAUACAGAUGCCACGCAUCGAGCAAAAAGAAUGUGGCUGUCUGUUAAAACUCUUUGAGCAUGAAGGGAAUGAAAAAAAAAAUAGGAGUGUUGUUAUGAAAUUCAGUACAACAUUACAACACUCUUUUGGAUGAUGUAAUGGUUAUUAGAACGUGGGGUGUUUUAAUGUUGGCAAUAAGCUAACUGUUUCAGAAUCUUUAAUAGAGGAUUUAAAGCAUGGGUGUAGAUAAAAUAUUUUACAGAUGUGCCUAAAUUUUCUUUUAAAUUAAAAGCGUCGAACAUAAUAUUAACUGCUUGUUAUUUUUUAAGUGAUACCCUCAGUCUGGGAUAAAGUAUACCUACUAAUUUAAUUUGUACCAAAAUUGUUGGACGAUGCGGGAUUCGAACGCACCACUUGGCUUGGGAACACCGUUGGUUUAGUAGGUAGAGCGCUGGAAUUUAACUCCAGAAGCUUGUGCUCGAAUCCCGCGUUGUCCAUAAAUUUUGGUAUAAAUUAAAUUUGCGUACAUAUAAAUUUGGAAAAUCGACAAAUUUGAUUCGGACACCUCUCAGAUAAGAGGCAGAGGCAACGGCACUUACCUUUGUUCCACCGACGCUCUUUGUUGCAAGGGUCGGCAACAGGCGGACCUCGGUCAGUUUGCGGACCUCCAUAGGACCUCAGACCGCCUAUAUAUUGUAAUGAAUUGUAUACCAGGUACAAAUUAAUACGUAGAUAAGGUUUGUAUACCUUUAUUUAUUGGAAUAAUAUUUCAAACAAUUUUUUUUAAUAUUUAAAACCUUUUUAAAUAUAUGAUAAAGAAAAGUUUGAAAAUUGCAAAAAACUAGCUUUAAGCUAAAUUUAGCCUUUGUUUGUCUCCACGUAAGUAAGUGAAACAUCUUUGAAUUUGCUGUUAUUCUCGAGAACUAAACUAUAAAAAACUAGCUCAAGACUGUCGCUUCAGUUUAUGACAUUAAUUUUAGGCCUUGUGUUUUAAAAUUCUAGUGUAAUAAUGACAAAAUUUUAGAAUAAUAACGCUUAGAACGUAAUUAGGCCCAAGCGAUAUGAAGCAGUCGCGGUGUGGCCUUUUAGGACCACAUACGUUUCCCGCCGCGUCAGUGUCAUUCUGUCAACCUCCAGGACUAUCAAUGCGCGAAAUUUAAUUGAAAAAUGACUUACUGUGUAGUGAAAGGGUGUCACAAAGCGUCUUAUAAUAAAAAUUAUGAUAAGAAAAUCACAUUUCAAAAAAACAGACGCCAUUAAAAAAUAUGUUGCCAGCUAUGAAAGUACUAUAUACCCCGAGUUACUCCGCUGGGAUUGUUUUGUGUGUUAUAGAUAUUUAUAGGAGGCUAUAAUGUACGACGCCACAUGAUGUUAUAAGUAUUCAAAGUCAUAUAAUCUUAAUUCAAUUUUUAGGCUUAAACUAAGCGCUGUGAAUAGACACUAUGAAUAUUUCUUUUAAAUUACUGAAUUUACCAUAUGUUCGGAAAAAGUUGAGCUCGUGAGAACAUUAACGGCCACUCUUUUUAACCGAUUUCAAAAAAGGAGGAGGUUCUCAAUAUGUCGGUAUGUUUUUGAAGUGAAACUUUUUUAUCGAAGUAUGAGAGAAAUUUUAUAGCAAAUCGUCACGAUUUUCGGUUACGCGCCAUUUUGUUUUUUUAAAUCCAAGAAGACCGCCGCGCAAAGUUAUGAUUUCAACAUUAUGGAUAUCGUAUCCGAGGUUCUCGAGGGUGCAGAUAACGAAUUUGGGAUCAUUUUUAAAUCCAAGAUGGCCGCCGCGGAAAUUUAUGAUUGCAUCAAUAUUGGUAUCAAAUCCGAGGUUCUGCAGAGAAUGAAUUUGGGAUCAUUUUUGAAAUCCAAGAUUCGAUAUCAAUAUUGUUGAAAUCCUAAUUUUGCACGGCGGUCAUCUUGGAUUCCAAAAAUAAUCCCAAAUUCGUUCUCUGCAUCCUAUAAAUCCUCGGAUAUAGCUGGGAACGGCGCCUUUUUCGUUUCAUCGAAUUUCAAAAAACAACGAUUCUAAAGAACUUAUUUAUUUACACUUCAAGAAUUGUUGCAACAACAAUUAAAUACGUGAUGUUUUUAUUAAAUUCUUAAUUUAUAUUUUAUUUCUUCUUUCUUAUUACAUAUAAUCUAGUAUUUCUUACACUUUACUGAUUUAGGGAGAUCUAUUCACUUGCAAUUGCAUGAUUUGGCUGUCUGUGUGCGUGUUGGCGAAUGUAAGUACGUGACGCUCACACACACAUUAAUUAUAAUGUUACUUCUAUAUCUAUAUUGACAAGAACUAUGAAUGAAACUAUCGUUCUGAGCGUUAUUAUUCUAUGGAAAAAAUACUGUUGCUUUAAGUACCUAUGUAUAAUUCAAUGAAUUACAGUGUGUUCAAUUUUAUACUUUGCACCUAUAUUUAGUAAAAUAAAAUAUAUUUAACAUAAA